AGUUCUGACACACUCUACGUGUCAGUGUCUCAUGAGACGAAUUUGUGUGUUUUUUUUUGUCGAUUCGCGGCGUAAAAAUAGUAUAAUUUAAACAUCAGAAAUUUGUGCUUUUGCCGGUGUAAUUGUAUAAAACGUGCAUGAAUCGGUCAGACUAUAAAAUAUAACAACGCAAAAACCAACCGUUCAUCGGGGCAGUAAAUCGGUCAGCUUUCCAAACAUCAGCUGGAGUUGCCGCAGCCGCCGACACCAAAAAAAAAGAGAGAAAAACGGCCAGGCCUGGUCAUAUUUUAGGAGCAACAAUAAUUGCAAUUGAGACAUAAUUUUAUAUCUCUAGGCGGCGAUGGCUGGUCAAAAGUUUCAAUAUGAUGAAAGCGGUGGAACGUUCUACUAUUUUGUGUUAUCGUUCUUAGCGUUAAUAUUAAUACCAACAACAAUUUACUAUUGGCCACGUAAAAAGAAAGAAGAUCCGUGUAAAGUGAAAGAGGAUUGCCAAUGUGCCGAUUGUCAGAAGAAGAAAACUAUAUUAGCAAAUGCGGAACCCUACCGUGCCCUCAAAUCAUGUACCAUCAAGUUAACCAUUGUUCUCGGUUGGGCUUUGCUGCUCUUCCUUACGUAUCGUGUAUCACAAUUCGAUUACGAGAUGGCCAGUUUCGAUCCAUUUGAAAUUUUGAGUGUACCGCCAACAGCCUCACAGGCGGAGAUCAAAAAGGCUUACUAUCGGCUCUCCAAGGUCCUCCAUCCGGACAAGGAGACGGGUGAUGAGAAGUCAUUCAUGAUGCUGAGUAAAGCCUAUCAAGCCCUAACCGAUGAUGUGGCCAAAGAGAACUACGAGAAAUAUGGCAAUCCCGAUGGACCUGGAGCCAUGUCAUUUGGCAUUGCCCUGCCAUCGUGGAUUGUGGAAAAGGAGAAUAGCGUGUGGGUGCUGGGAUUAUAUGGCUUGGUCUUCAUGGUGGCCAUGCCAUCGGCUGUGGGUGUCUGGUGGUAUAGGUCUAUACGCUUCAGUGGCGAUAAAGUCCUAUUGGAUACGACACAAAUGUACUUUUAUUUUAUCCACAAGACGCCGCAUAUGCUGCUGAAGCGUGCCCUCAUGGUGCUGGCGGCCAGUUUAGAGUUUGAUAAACGUCACAAUUCCCAGGUUGUGGAACGGCAGUCUGACAAUGAUGAAGUUCCAGCGCUUAUACGGCAACUGCCCAAUCUGAAUGAGAAAUGCAAGGAGCAUCCACUUUGCCGCAUGUAUUCGAUUAAGGCACGGGCUAUUCUCCAUGCCCAUCUCACACGCAUUCCACUAAAUCCAGAGACGCUUGAGCGUGAUCGUCAGUUCAUUGUAAAGAAAUGUCCGUAUCUAGUGCAAGAGAUGGUCUCUUGCGUCCAUCAGCUGGUCAUGAUGGCUUAUGCCAGACGUGUUCCCCGACUGCCUAGCAUCGAGACAAUUGAGAAUUGUAUGAAAAUGUCCCCGAUGAUUAUUCAAGGCUUGUGGGAGUUUAAAUCACCACUGUUACAGUUACCUCAUCUCACCGAGGAUCAUUUGUACUUUAUGAAUAAGAAGCGUCAUGUUAAGAAUUUGCAACAAUUCGCUCAGCUCAAGCCAGAAGAGAGUCGCACUCUGUUAAAGAAUCUCACCGACUUUGAGUACGAGAAUAUAAUGAAAGUGUUGGGCAAGAUGCCAUUGAUUGAUUUCUCCAUACGGUGCGAGGUGAUCGAUGAUGAGAAUACCAAUGUGGUUACCGCUGGGGCAAUUGUUACUGUCACAGUUACGCUGGAGAGGAAGGAUAUGAAGAGUUUGUUCGGCGAUACAAAAGCGCCUGAAAAGCAGGGCAUCAACGAUGAGGCCAACGAAGAGGCUGCUGCUGGUGAUGAGGGUGAUGAUGCAGCGCCUACAACAGUGGCGGUUAAGAAGGCAUCGACAUGGGCCAAGCCACGGAAGGGUGGUAAAGGCAAAGGUGGCAAGAAGCCAGCCAACAAUCAAAAGAAAAAGGUACAACCCAAGGUGGCUGCAGCAACAGCAGCAACAACAACAACAACGACGAGCACAUUGGAAGAGCAAGCGGCCAAUUCGGAUAAUGAUUCGGAUGCCGGUGAGCAUAGCGAUGUGGAUUCAGCUGCCGGCACAGGCAGUGAGGAUGAGGAUAAGCAAAAUAAGAAUAACUCAUCCUUGGACGAUGACGACGACGAAGAAUGGGAACGCCUUCAGGCCAAGUUGAAUAAACGUGAGCGCCUUGAAGGCAAAUCGCGUUUAUCGCACACCGUCCACUGUCCCUACUUUCCCGAGGAGAAGCAAGAGUACUGGUGGACUUACAUUUGCGAUCGCAAAUCUCGUACGCUUCUAACAGCGCCCUACCAUGUGACAAAUCUGGUUGAGAAAGAGGAGAUCCAACUGAAAUUUACGGCGCCGCGUUGGCCCGGUGUCUAUACCUUUACCGUGUGCCUGAGAUCGGACUCGUAUUUGGGAAUGGAUCAGCAACAAGAGCUUAAAUUGGAUGUGCAAAAGGCUCCAGCACCACCGACAGAUCAUCCGCAAUGGGAUCUGAGCGAAUCAGAGCCAGAGCAUAAUGAUCAGCAGGAGAAUCUGAGUGACUAUACAACAGAUACAUCUGACGAGGAGGAUAGUGAUUAGAGAGUCAAUGGACUAUGUCAACACAGCCCAUGACAACCACCAUCACCACCUUGUCCUCAUCCCUCCUCCACUUUAAGCCAUGGUCCAGCAAAUUUUAGUUUAUCCCCCCCAUACAUACACUCUGCCAUGUGCCCCCUACACACACACA